CUUUUCCCAUCGUGAGUCCAGUCUAUGGUCCAAAGUGACCUCUCGUUAUUUAAAGUGAACACACUCCACUAAACUUCGUCUAGUCCCCGCUGGGCGGCAGCCUUUAGUGGUCCUUGUUUCCAGAGUUCUGUGGAUCCGGAUCAAGACGCUGAGCUGUGAUUGGCUCCUGAGAGGGGCGUGCGGCUGUGACGUCAGAGCGGCAGCGGCAGCAGACAGGAAAGAUGGCGGCGGUGACCAGAGGCUCCUUCAGUGUGUUCAGACGGCUGCUCAGUCAGCAGUACCGCCGCAGGUGUUUCCGCCUGCAGGCUGUCAGAUGUGAAAGAACUCUGCAGCCGCUCGCCUUCAGAUGCGACAGAAACUUCUUGGUGUUCAGCAGUAGGAUGCUGCACACUGCCACAGUGAGUCGAGGACCGAUCGUCCAAUUCAAACUGUCGGACAUCGGAGAGGGCAUCAUGGAGGUGACGGUGAAGGAGUGGUACGUGAAGGAGGGAGACAAGGUUUCUCAGUUUGACAGCAUCUGUGAGGUUCAGAGUGACAAAGCCUCCGUCACCAUCACCAGCCGCUAUGACGGAGUCAUCACCAAACUCUACUACGAUGUGGACGCCACAGCACUCGUGGGCAAACCACUGGUUGACAUCGAGACAGAGUCCGGCUCAGAGGUGAUCCAGGAGGAGGACGUUGUAGAAACACCCGCCAUGGCCCGAGAGGAACACACCCACCAAGAGAUCAAAGGUCACAAGACACAGGCCACGCCCGCCGUCAGACGCCUCGCCAUUGAGAACAAUAUUAAGCUCAGUGAGGUGGUUGGGACAGGGAAAGACGGUCGGAUCCUGAAGGAGGACAUCCUGAACUUCUUGGCGAAGCAAACUGGAGCCAUUAUAACUCCGACGCUGUUUCAGGAGAUCCAGACUCCGCCCCCAACUCCUACCCCAGUGGCUGCUGUGGCUGCCAGCCCCGUGAGCACUCCUGCAGCCAUCAAACCUCCACCCACCACACCCAAACCUGUCUUCACCGGUAAAGACGUCACCGAGCCGCUCAAAGGCUUUCAUAAAGCAAUGGUGAGGACAAUGACGGCCGCGCUGAAGAUCCCUCACUUCGGAUACUGUGACGAGGUGGACCUGAGCCGCCUGGUGGCUCUGAGGGCGGAGCUUAAGUCCACUGCGGACGCUCGAGGGGUCAAACUAAGCUACAUGCCAUUCUUCAUCAAGGCCGCAUCCCUCGGCUUGCUGCACUUUCCCAUCCUGAAUGCCUCGUUGGACGAAGGGUGCCAAAACAUCACCUACAAGGCGUCUCAUAACAUUGGCCUGGCGAUGGACACGAGUCAGGGUCUGCUGGUUCCAAACGUGAAGAAUGUUCAGCUGCUCAGCGUGUUUGAGAUCGCUCAGGAGUUAAACCGUCUGCAGGUGCUCGGAACUGCAGGUCAGCUGGGAACCAAUGAGCUGACAGGGGGAACCUUUACCCUGUCCAACAUCGGAUCAAUCGGAGGGACGUACGCUAAACCCGUCAUUCUUCCUCCAGAAGUCGCAAUUGGAGCUCUUGGAAAAAUCCAGGUUCUUCCUCGGUUCGACGCCGGCGGUCAGGUGGUCCGUGCACACAUAAUGAACGUCAGCUGGUCAGCCGACCAUCGGAUCAUAGACGGAGCCACCAUGUGCCGCUUCUCCAACCUGUGGAGGGAGUACCUGGAGAACCCAGCCACGAUGGUGCUGGAUCUCAAAUAGACUGGGGAAUGUUACCCAUAAGCCCCGGUGGGGGACGGGGCCACCACACUAACAGACCUUCACUCCUCCCCCUGACGCCUUCGCUCCCUCUUUCUGUUCGGGGCCUUUAUUCAUUAACUCUUUCACUUCCUGUUGCCUUUGAGCAAGGCGCCGGGAGGGGGAGGGGUCAGCCUGUCAAUCAUGUUGUUUCCAUGACCACUAACACACACAGACACACACACAUACAAGAGCACAGUGGAGGCUAGAGGUAGGUAGUUACCCAGAGCCAGGUGAGAGCUCAGCUGAUCUCUUUAUCAUCUUAAACAUCUUCAUCCCUACAGUUAAUAAAGAAGACUGCUCUCGCUGAUCUCAGAUUCUCCCUCUGAGCUAAAACACACCUCGGCAUUAGAACGGGAACACCCGAGAAAGAGACUGAAACCAGCUGAGCGUCCACAUGACGAUCAGUGAGAUGACAAAUUAAUAUUGAUACCCUGUUUAACCAGCAGAGGGCACUAUCUGUCUGUGACUUCUCUUGUUGGAUGUCAUCAUCUCUUCUGCAGCUGAACAGAGGUGUACAGACAUGGAGGCAGCAGGUGAAGAUUUUGAGGACCACUAGAGUUUCCCUGACGAUACCUGGAAGACCUGACAAAGCAGAUCAGACCAACAUUUAACAUUAUUAUAUUUAAUCUGUAUAAGAUUGACAUCUAUCACUUAAUAAGAGGACGAUCUCUCCAUUCCGAGAAGUGUCUCCACACCUGCUCUGCACGUAACACGGAGAGAGAGAGAGAGAGGUAACAGACAGCACUACCACAGCAUUCAAGCUUAUGUCUCUACAGUGUACAGGGGGCACUAACACAGCCAACAUUUUUACUGUUGAUCCUCCUUUUAGCUGUUCUCUUUUACUCCUCUAGCUUUACCCUCUACAGGAAAUUCCAUAGGGUCCUUCAAAGUAAAAGCACAUUUGUUUUCAAAACAGAAAAUUAAGUAAGCCAGGUACAAUGCAGUCAAAAUAAAAGUGUCACAGAUUUACAAGAAAGUCUGGAACCUUUCAUGUUGAGUCUGUGAACCUACCUCAGACAGGUUAACAAUGAGUCAUGGAGUGACUGCUGAUUGGAUGAGCCAGUUAAAACAGUUGUGACUGAAUAUUAAUCUAUGUGCAGGUCAAAAGUAACCUGUCUCAGUCACAUUUCUCAGCCUUCAGCUGCUGUCUCUCUCAUCACUUUCCAUGGUGUUUAUGUAGCUCUCGUUGAGGGUUAGGGGGUGGAGACUGGGGUCACAUGGCCAGCAGUUAUUAAGAAAAAGUAAACUUUUCAUUUGUCAUUCUGAUAGAGGGCCAAAACAGGCUCUGAGGUGUCUGUUCAUGUGACUCCAAACAGCUGUGGAGGAGACCUGGGCCUUGAUCUGGACCUGUUCUGGGCCACACUGUUAGAGUUUCAUGGCACUGUAGGGUCUGAGUUAGCCCUGGUCUGUUUGGAGGGGAAGAGAACUGCAGUCUGACGACAGUUUGGCAUCUUGCUGUCUGUGGUGACAUCUGUAGGGCAGUGUGGCUGACAGGCUGGCUGUAUAAGUCACUACACGGCACCACUGUAUUGUGGCCUUAUAGCUCUGUCUGAUGUCAGACACUAAACUGUGACCACUCACAUGCUGUAGAGCUGUCAGUAUAUACCUGUCUGUAGUCUCACUUGUUGGUCUUUGAAGAGUUGUUAUGAAGCCCAAAGAUGGAGGUCACCAUGUUGGAAAUACAGACUCCAGCAAACUUCCUGCUAAUCUAGAAAUGGAGAAAGACGUGUGGCUGAGUCCAAAGCCUAGCCACUUGGCUAACAGCUACAUCACACCCACCUGUCAAUCAAAGAAGCCACGCCCCUAACUCUACCUCCCAUUAAAUGUUAAUCUGAUGUAAACAGUUGAGUUGUAUAUUAAUUCAGCCCGUAUAGUUGUCGUGAUUACAUAAAUGAGCUAUAGAGACCCUUUUGUACCAAGCUGUAAACAUGUCUAUUUCUGCUGUGCUGUUGGACAUUUUAACUCGAGGCUCUACGGGGACUGACUCACUGCAGGAGACACGCUCUAGUGGACACUCAGGGAACUGCAGCAUUUCUUCAUGCUGGUCACAGAGGGAUCCCUGAGGAGGUGUGUGUUGCUCCUGGAGGAUGUGUUGUCAGACUGAAAAUGAUUGGUUCAGAGAUAUAACAAGGAGAGUCUAGUUACAAGGAUCAGACAACUCUCACUGUGACCAUGCUCUACCUGCAACUCCUCUCCCAGCACAGACAGGUACGCACAAACAAAAUAUAUUUGUAGCUGGUUGUUACAUUUUUAAUGGGUCAAAAUGCAGUUUUCAGAAAUUCCCUGGUCCUCGUUCUGGUCUGUCCUCUCUCCUGAGCCUUCAGUCUGUCAGAAACCCUAACUCUUGAAAGGUAACAGACUAAAGAUUUUGAACGGAAGUGGUUCUCAUUGAGGUCUGGUUCCUACUGGUGUGAAAGGGUCAGACCCAAGACCUGAUCGUGGAUGAUUUUGAUCUGUCUGUUGUGUUUUGCUCUGCAGACUCUCUAACCUUUAAUCUGAUAUCUGACCUGGGAUCAGCUCUCUAUUGACAUGAUAAUUAUGUAAAGUUCAGUUUGGUGUUUCAGCUCUUGGUCCUGGACUUCCUGGUCCAGGUGGCUGCUGGGUAACACCCACAUGUCAGCUGGAUAUUACACGUCUGUUUGUCUCCUCUGUGUUUUUGUUUUUAGUGACAGAUUAUAUGUAACUGUUAACCAGAGUGGUUGGGUUUUGUAUUUUUGGGAAUGUGUAGCUAAGUAUUUUUUUUUUUUGGGAAAAGAUGAAAUAAAAUAAACUGUUUGAUCAAAACUUUAAAUAAAGUUGGAGUGCACAAACA